GCGAGCUGGGGCCAAGGGACUCAGCAGUACACCCGUUCGUCCAAUGAGGAAGGCAGAGAUGUGAGCUGGACAGCCGCCACCGAGGAGUCUCAACGCCUCCGGAGAGUCGCCGGCUAUUCCAGCCCAUGUGGAUCACGGGUAGAAUGAACAAUGCAAAGAGCUGGCUUGGACUUGGCACAACCUUGUACUUCUGGACACUGAUGGACCUCACGACCACCGUUCUCUCCAGCACUCCAAGGCCAGGAGUCGAAUUAGAAACGCUCUCCUUAGAUGGGCCACAGUCACAUUUGAGAAGCAAGAGGAGCUGGGUUUGGAAUCAGUUUUUCGUCCUGGAAGAGUAUACUGGAACCGACCCUUUGUAUGUCGGGAAGCUUCACUCAGACAUGGACAGAGGAGAUGGAUCCAUCAAAUACAUUCUUUCAGGAGAAGGAGCAGGCAUCGUGUUUACAAUUGACGACACCACUGGAGACAUUCAUGCCAUUCAGAGGCUUGACAGAGAGGAAAGAGCCCAAUACACUUUGAGGGCUCAAGCCCUAGACAGGCGGACAGGCCGACCAAUGGAGCCAGAGUCAGAGUUCAUUAUCAAAAUCCAAGAUAUCAAUGACAACGAGCCCAAGUUCCUGGAUGGGCCUUAUGUUGCCACUGUACCAGAAAUGUCACCAGUAGGUACCUCUGUUAUCCAAGUGACAGCCACAGAUGCUGAUGACCCAACCUAUGGCAACAGUGCCCGGGUGGUCUACAGCAUUCUCCAGGGCCAGCCGUAUUUUUCUGUGGACUCCAGAACAGGUGUAAUCAGAACAGCACUCAUGAACAUGGACAGAGAAGCCAAAGAAUACUACGAAGUGAUUAUUCAAGCCAAGGAUAUGGGAGGGCAGCUUGGAGGAUUGGCUGGGACCACCACGGUCAACAUCACCCUUUCAGACGUCAAUGAUAAUCCACCCCGCUUUCCCCAGAAACAUUAUCAGAUGAGUGUGCUAGAAUCUGCUCCAAUUAGCUCUACUGUGGGGAGAGUGUUUGCCAAGGACUUGGAUGAAGGAAUCAAUGCAGAGAUGAAGUACACCAUUGUGGAUGGAGACGGUGCAGAGGCUUUUGAUAUUAAUACAGACCCAAAUUUCCAAGUUGGCAUCAUAACUGUGAAGAAGCCCCUGAGUUUUGAAAGCAAGAAAAGCUACACCCUGAAGGUGGAAGGAGCCAAUCCUCACCUGGAGAUGCGUUUUCUGAACCUUGGCCCCUUUCAGGACACAACAACAGUGCACAUCAGUGUGGAGGAUGUGGAUGAGCCCCCUGUGUUUGAGCCUGGAUUUUAUUUUGUGGAGGUGCCUGAGGAUGUGACAAUUGGGACAACCAUCCAAAUCAUUUCUGCCAAGGACCCAGAUGUGACCAACAACUCAAUCAGAUACUCCAUUGACAGAAGCAGUGACCCUGGGAGAUUUUUCUACGUUGACAUUACAACAGGUGCUCUAAUGACUGCAAGACCACUGGACAGAGAAGAGUACUCUUGGCAUAACAUAACUGUCCUUGCUAUGGAAAUGAACAAUCCCUCCCAAGUGGGAAGUGUCACUGUCACAAUCAAAGUCUUAGAUGUGAAUGACAAUGCUCCAGAGUUUCCCAGAUUCUAUGAAGCUUUUAUCUGUGAGAAUGCCAAAGCUGGACAGCUGAUCCAGACAGUGAGUGCCGUGGAUCAAGAUGACCCUCACAAUGGUCAGCAUUUCUACUACAGUUUGGCUCCUGAGGCUGCUAACAACCCCAACUUUACUGUCAGGGACAACCAAGAUAACACUGCUCGGAUUCUAACCAGGAGGUCCGGCUUUCGACAGAAGGAGCAGAGUGUCUUCUACCUCCCCAUCCUCAUAGCGGACAGCGGACAGCCCUCGCUCAGCAGCACCGGCACGCUUACCAUCCAAGUGUGCAGCUGCAAUGAUGAUGGCCAAGUCAUGUCCUGCAGCCCAGAGGCCUACAUACUCCCAGUCAGCUUGAGCCGGGGUGCCCUCAUCGCCAUCCUGGCCUGCAUCUUUGUCCUCUUAGUGCUGGUGCUGCUCAUCCUGUCCUUGAGGCGGCACCGGAAACAGCCCUACAUCAUCGACGACGACGAGAACAUCCACGAGAACAUCGUGCGCUACGACGACGAGGGGGGAGGCGAAGAGGACACGGAGGCCUUCGACAUCGCGGCCAUGUGGAACCCGCGCGAGGCGCAGGCGGGCGCUGCCCCCAAGACGCGGCAGGACAUGCUCCCCGAGAUCGAGAGCCUCUCCCGCCACGUGCCUCAGACCUGCGCGGUCAGCAGCACCGUCCACAGCUACGUGCUGGCCAAGCUCUACGAGGCCGACAUGGACCUGUGGGCCCCGCCCUUCGACUCCCUGCAGACCUACAUGUUUGAGGGGGACGGCUCCGCGGCCGGCUCGCUCAGCUCCCUGCAGUCGGCCCCGUCGGACUCGGAGCAGAGUUUCGACUUCCUCACGGACUGGGGGCCCCGCUUCCGGAAACUCGCCGAACUCUAUGGGGUGUCGGAAGGGCCUGCAUCCUUGUGGUGACAGAAGCCAGGAGGCGAACACGCAUCCAAAUUCAGACGUUCUCAAAGGCUGCUUCUCACCUCUGAGGUGUGGCCACCACAGGAGCAAUACAAUGCUGGACAGUGAGGAUGGGCCUGAGUGGACCAAGUGGAGCUCUCUCUGGAUCAGCUUUACUUGGUUAGACUAAGUUAAAUAAUCAAGAGGAAACCCAGAAAGAAGAGGGCAGGAUCUCCAAUUACCUUUUUAAUUUCUUCUUCUUCUUCUUCUUCUUCUUCUUCUUCUUCUUCUU